AUGAACAGGAAUACAGAAUUAUUAGAAGGAAAUUCUAAUUUGAAUCGUGUGUGUUACUACGUUUCUUAUGAUCCUCCUCCAAAUAAACUAAAUGCAACUUUGUGUACUCACAUCAUUGCCGGAUUUUCCUCUGUGAAAAAUGGUGUCGUAGAUGUGGGAGGAAAUGGAAAACUGUACACAGAUACUACUGCUUUAAAGAAACAGUACCCACAUUUGAAAGUACUAAUGACUGUUGGCGGCGGUGGGAAUGAUCAAGGAUUUUCGUUAGUAGUCAGUUCACCAGCAAAUCGUUUAAAAUUUAUUGCUUCCGCUUUCUCUACUAUGAAAAAAUACGGGUUUGAUGGUCUUGACAUUGACUGGGAAUUCCCUGCCUGGAAUAACCAUCACCCUGAAGAUAGAAACAACUUUAUUCAAUUUUUAAAGGAGUUCAAUGCCUAUGCUCAGUUCAUUGGUUUAGAAUUCAUGAAGGUACAACCUCUGUUGACUGUUGCUGUGGCUGCCCCAAAAAUAAUUGUAGACAAAUCUUAUGACAUACCCGAAAUGGCAAAGUAUGUGGAUUUUAUUAACUUGAUGACGUAUGACUUUAAUGAUUAUUUCUGGUAUACUCCUUAUGUUGCACACAAUAGUCCUCUGUUUAACAGAUCUGUUGAGAAGGCCUAUUUUGCAAAACUAAAUACAGCUUGGUCGUCCAAUUAUUGGAACCAGUUGGGCAUGCCAAAAUCAAAAAUCAUGGUUGGGAUACCUACAUACGGUCACACUUACAAACUUUUGGAUCCCAAGCUAAAUUACGUUGGUGCUCCUGCUACAGCUGGAGGUGCCGACGUUACCUUCACAGAAGCCUGUCAAUUUUUGGCAUCUGGUGCAACAAGAGUGUUUGACUCUGAAAGUCAAGUUCCAUAUGCUUUUAAAGAUUAUGACUGGAUUUCUUACGAGGACAAAGAAAGCAUAUUAAGAAAAGCAAAAUGGAUCAAGUCUCAAGGCUUUGGAGGUGCAAUGACGUUUGAUUUAAAUUGUGAUGAUUAUUCUCUUAUCUGUGAUGAAGCAUCAUUCCCAUUACAUCGUAUUUUAUAUGAUGUUUUCACCAGUUAAAUGAAUUUAUGUAUGGCGAACAGGGGAGGAUCCAGAAAUUUAUUUAAGGGGGGGGGGGGUCAAGGUUCAAUGGCCAGCAUUCGGAGUGCAAACCCUCACCAAAUGAGAUCAAAACUCUUUUUUCAAAAUCCCCCCCCCCUUAAUUUUUUAAUGGCUCAACCUGCGCCAUGAAUCAUAUUCCCUCAAAUUUUCAUCAAAAGUCACAUUUCUUUAGGCAGACAGGCUGGGCAAGUUACUGUAAGCUUUGAAUGUUUGAGAAUAUAGCUAUAAAAUGUUUGGAAAAAGCACACACUACACACGACAUGAGAUUUGAGGCGGAAGAGUGCUCUGAAAAAGGUUGAGCUCAUUAGAGAUUAUUGUUCUUAAAAAAAAAAACCCUCAAAAUGGCAAUACCGCAGUUAAUUAACAAAGUCAAUCCUUUGAAUUACGACGCUAUGAGAAAAAGUAACUCACUGAAUUGAGCAAAAAGAAAAAAAAAGGUUAACAUCGACUCCAUG